AACCUGGCGGCGUUGUCUCUAUGGCUGCGGGAGACGCCGAGGGUAUUAGCCUGGAAAGAAGCGCUUACGUCACCUUGCACUAGUACAUUUCAGAUAAAGACAGCACUAAGUGUUAGACGGUUGCAUGGACGCUUUAAUAAAAAGCAGUUACCCUGUCAUUUUUGACAUUUGAACGUCAUAGUUCCAGGUGGCUUCUUGCUAACAACCACCUAGCUGCUAAUGCUAAUGCUAAUGCUAAGGACCAAGCUGUGUAGCCAGAAACCAGUGACGUCAUUGGUAUAAAACAGCCCCUCUGUCUGCAAUAGGGCACCUUUUUUUUAGGAUUACAUACAUUUAUACCGCCGUGUAACCUUCUCGAUGUAUCACAAAGAGAAGAGCAUUCAGAUUAAGAACAGCGCGUCUGCGUUGUACAACAACCUGAGCACGCUGCGCAUCGCCCCGCGGCGCCUCACCCACUUCACGGUGGUCCACGCCAAUGUGGUCAACAUGGUCAGCGCGUCCUGGGACGGCCUCAACUACUCCACCCGCCAGCUGCAGUCCAAGGAGCCCAACGUGGCCACAAGCCCAUCGCUCAUCAUGCAGGCUGCAUUUUGUGUUUUGCCCUCUCGAGAUAUGCUGGUGGUAACUUCCCAAAGAGGCAUCCAGAUGUAUGAAUCCGAUGGCUCCAUCAUGGUGUACUGGCAUGCACUGGAAACUCCUGAAACACCAACAGCUCAAGCUGUGUUUGCACGAGGGAUUGCUGCCGUUUGGGAGAAUUACAUAUGCGUCGGCUUGUCCACCUGUGGAGUUCUGGUGUUUGACAUUCCAAAUAAAGGCAGUAAUAUCACACUGUCUGAGGUCCUGGAGGAGCACAUGGAGCCCAUCACAGACUUGGCUCCAGAGUGCUCCGGCAGCCAGGAGUGCAUAGCUGACCUGGUCAGUGCAGACGAUGGCGGCACCUUGUGUGUAUGGAAGUCAGGGGAGGAGUUUCAGCUUCUCAACAAGAUUGGCGGAUUUGACAUGAGCUGCUCCUCCGUAAAGCUGUGGAAAGGUACAGUGGUGGCCGGAUACGGAACAGGCCAGAUCCGUCUCUAUGAGGCGGUGACGGGUAUUCUGCACGCUGAGGUCAACGCCCACGCUCGCUGGAUCUACUCGCUGGACGUCGCUCCGUUUUCCGGACUGCUCCUGUCUGCUGCCGAGGACUCUUUUGUGAGGGUGUGGCACAUGACAGUAACCCCAGAAACCAACAUCGUGGAGGUCGCCCAUCUACACAAUGAGUGUGUAACAGACACACAAAUCUGCGGCGCCAAGUUCUGUGACGGCGAUGGCUACGCCUUUGCUGUGACAGGAUAUGACCUCAAUGAGAUUAUCCGAUACACGCAGACAUAGGACAUCACCUUUAUCACGGCUGAGUACAUUGAUAUCAAAAUGGAUGUAAUGAGAUAUUUCCGCAGAGUCGUCCAAAUGUAGCGCAGUCAGAAGGUCAGCGGGUAUCGCAUGACGUCCUUUUUUUGUAGAAGCGUCAUUUCAGGGCGUUUGUGUCUUCAGAUACAUUUUUAAAUAUAGUCUAUUUAUAUAUAUAUAUAUAUAUACGUAUAUAUGUAUAGUACAGGCCAAAAGUUUGGACACACCUUCUCAUUCAAUGGGUUUUCUUUAUUUUCAUGACUAUUUACAUUGUAGCUUGUCACUGAAGGCAUCAAAACUAUGAAUGAACACAUGUGGACUUAUGUAUUUAACAAAAAAAGGUGAAAUAACUGAAAACUUGUUUUGUAUUCUAGUUGUUUCAAAAUAGCCACUCUUUGAUCUGAUUACUGCUUUGCACACUCUUGGCAUUCUCUCGAUGAGCUUCAAGAGUUAGUCACCUGAAAAGGUUUUCACUUCACAGGUGUCAUAGAUGCCUUCAGUGACAUUCUACAAUGUAAAUAGUCAUGAAAAUAGAGUAAACAUAUUGAAAUGAGAGGGUGUGUCCAAACUUUUGGCCUGUACUGUAUAUAUGUGUACAUUUUAACUGUUUGUUUUUAUUUACGUAUUCUACUUAUUUACUUGUACAUUAUAUUGAUUGAUUUUGAGUUGGAAAAGAAGAAUGUGUUACAAAAAAGCUCCACCAGAGGACAGUGUGACUUGUGUCAACUCUAUUUAGUACUGAAGUGUGUCCAGGUGGGAUACUUUGCAAAGACCAUAGGCAGCACAAUUUGGUGAAAAGCAUAUACAAAUUCACUUUUCACUUUUAAGAAUGUUUUUUCUUCUUCUGCCUCCAAACUUAAACAGUGUUACUAUAAAACUCACAAACCAUAUGUGAUUUUUGGAAAAUGUGAAUAAUUUUUUUCUUCUCAAACUAAUGUGGUAAAUUGAUUGUUCUGGAAGGGAAUAGAAUGGGCACAAAUAUUUUAAUUAGAAAUAAAAGAACUCUACUCACUUAAUUCUUACUUUCUAAAUUAUUUUUCAAAAGAGAACCGGCGAGGAAAGCAGUCUCUAAACACAGAAAGAUGAUGUAAUGUACCGGUACCCUCAUG